AUAAGAGAUUACGUGACCUCAAAUAUAUAUCUCUCUUCUCAGUUAUUCAUAAUUAUUCUUGUAUUGUUGCAAUCCCAAACUAUAUCUAUAUAUAUAUAUAUGUAUUCAAAAGAAAAAACAAACUCUAUCUAUAUAUUUAUAUAUAUAAUCAAGCUAUUCGACUCAUAUACUUAAGAAAUAAAUUAUUAUAUCGAUUAUUAUUCAGAAGGAAAACAAAUUAGUAAAACGUACAUAUCGAAUAAUAUAAUGGCUAAAGAAUUAAACUCCCAGUUGGCCAAUUAUGAAUGCGUCGUCAAGAAGAAACUAGUGAUUAAUAUAAGUGAGAAGACCGAAAGCGAGAGCGAGGAAGAUGAAAGCUUUGCCAAACUACUGCAACCUGAACAAAAUUGCUUUGAUCCUGUCAUGAGAAUUGGUCGUGGGUUUGAGGACUUUCUCUCCAAUAAAUUUAACAAGUAUCCAUGCUUAUUUAAUGAACUUAAAGAAAGCCAACAUCCCAAGUUUCUAGUAUUUGCAUGUUCGGAUUCCCGAGUCUGUCCUUCCCAUAUCUUAAAUUUUCAACCAGGAGAAGCGUUCAUGGCUCGAAAUAUUGGCAACUUGAUUCCAACAUUUGAUAAUUUGAAAGACUCUGGAGUUGGAUCAAUUAUUGAAUAUGCAGUCGAAAGGUUUAAGAUAGAAAAUAUUUUAGUGAUUGGACACAGUCGUUGUGGUGGCGUGAAAAGACUUAUGUCUCAUCCAGAAGAUGGUUCACCUCCUUUUAAUUUUAUUGAUGAUUGGAUGAACAUUGCUCAAACUGCCAAAAAUAAAGUGAAAACUGAGCACAAAAAUUUGUCAUUUGAGGAGCAAUGUGAAAUUUGUGCUGAGGAAGCAGUGAAUGUGUCUCUAAACAAUCUCUAUUCUUAUCCAUUUGUUCUAAAGGGAGUUGAAGACAAAAAGAUAGCACUUAGAGGUGGAUACUAUAAUUUCGUGGUUGGAACUUUCAAACUAUGGGAUCUUUAGUUAUCAAUUAAUAACUAAGGAACUAAUUCAAGCUUCCUACACUCUUUCACAAUAUUUGUUGUCUUUUUAAGUUACUUAAUUUUUAUAGUGAAUGAUAUAAUAUAAUAUAAAAUAUGUUGUGUAAUUGUCAUAAAAUUAUAAAUUUUAGCUCUAAAUAAACUACAACAAAUGAAAGUUUACAUUUAUUUCAUGUGUUAGAAAGAUAAAUGAUGAGAUAGAUACGAUUGAAAUUUAAGAGUUCA